CGGGGCAGCGGCGGCCGCGGUGCCGUGCGGGGCCAUGGCGGCCCCGGACAGCUGCGUGAAGGUGGCCGUGAGGAUCCGUCCUCAGCUGCCCAAAGAGAAGAUAGAGGGAUGUCACAUCUGUACCUCAGUGACACCUGGCGAGCCCCAGGUGCUGCUGGGCAAGGACAAGGCCUUCACCUAUGACUUUGUCUUUGACCUGGACACGUGGCAGGAGAGGAUCUACACGACGUGCAUGGGGAAGCUCAUCGAGGGCUGCUUUGAGGGCUACAAUGCCACUGUGCUGGCCUAUGGGCAGACUGGAGCAGGGAAGACCUACACCAUGGGCACUGGCUUCGACAUGAGCAUCUCAGAGGAGGAGCAGGGCAUCAUCCCCCGCGCCAUCAGCCACCUCUUCAGCGGCAUCGAGGAGCGGCGGCGGGCGGCGCAGAGCCAGGGCCUGGCAGCGCCCGAGUUCAAAGUCAGCGCCCAGUUCCUGGAGCUCUACAACGAGGAGAUCCUGGACCUGUUUGACAGCACCCGCGACCCCGACUCGCGCCACCGCAAAUCCAACAUCAAAAUCCACGAGGAUGCCAGUGGGAGCAUCUACACCACAGGAGUCACCUCACGCCUCAUCAGCUCCCAGGAUGAGCUGAUCCAGUGCCUGAAGCAAGGAGCUCUUUCCCGCACCACAGCCAGCACCCAGAUGAACGUGCAGAGCUCCAGAUCCCAUGCCAUCUUCACUAUUCACCUGUGCCAGACCAGAGUGUGUGCCCGCCCAGAGCUGGUGAAUGAGGAGGUGAGCAGCCUUCUGGAUGGAUCCCAACCUGCUGCUGAGUACGAGACCUUGACAGCCAAGUUUCACUUUGUGGACCUGGCUGGCUCAGAGAGGCUGAAGCGGACGGGUGCCACGGGCGAGAGAGCCAAGGAGGGCAUCUCCAUCAACUGUGGGCUGCUGGCCUUGGGGAAUGUCAUCAGUGCCCUUGGAGACCAGAGCAAGAAGGUCGUGCAUGUGCCCUACCGCGACUCCAAGCUCACCCGCCUGCUGCAGGAUUCCCUCGGGGGCAACAGCCAAACCAUCAUGAUUGCCUGUGUGAGCCCCUCUGACCGGGAUUUCAUGGAGACCCUGAACACUCUCAAGUACGCCAACCGCGCUCGCAACAUCAAGAACAAGGUGGUGGUGAACCAGGACAAGACGAGCCAGCAGAUCAGCGCCCUGCGCGCCGAGAUCGCCCGGCUGCAGAUGGAGCUCAUGGAGUACAAGGCAGGCAAGCGGGUGAUCGGGGAGGAUGGCACGGAGGGCUACAGCGACCUGUUCCGGGAGAACGCCAUGCUGCAGAAGGAGAACAGCGCGCUGCGCAUGCGCGUCAAGGCCAUGCAGGAGGCCAUCGACGCCAUCAACAGCAGGGUCACCUACCUCAUGAGCCAGGAGGCCAACAUGAUGCUGGCCAAAGCAGGUGACGGGAACGAAGCCAUCGGCACCCUGAUCCAGAACUACAUCCGGGAGAUUGAGGAGCUGAGGACGAAGCUGCUGGAGAGCGAGUCCAUGAACGAGUCCCUGCGGCGCAGCCUCUCGCGGGUCUCUGCGCGGGGCCCCUUCCCCGUGGGCUCCUCACCGGGCGCGGGCCUGGCCGGGCUCUGCAGCCCCGCGGCUGCGCUGGACACCGAGGCCUCCGACGUGCUCCGAAGGGCCAAGCAGGACCUGGAGCGCCUCAAGAAGAAGGAGCGGCGGCAGCAGAGGAAGAGCCCAGAGAAGGAGGCGUUUAAGAAGAGGCAGAAACUGCAGCAGGACAAUGGGGAGGAGACAGAUGAAAAUGAGGUGGAAGAGGAGGAGGAAGAACAGGAUGAGAGUGGCUGUGAGGAAGAGGAUGGGCGUGAGGAUGAAGAUGAGGACUCGGCCAGUGAAGAGAGCCUGGUGGACUCGGACUCGGAUGCAGAGGAGAAGGCUGUGAAUUUCCAGGCUGACCUGGCAGAUCUGACCUGUGAGAUUGAGAUCAAGCAGAAGCUGAUUGAUGAGCUGGAGAACAGCCAGCGGCGGCUGCAGACCCUCAAGCACCAGUAUGAGGAGAAGCUGAUCCUCCUGCAGAACAAGAUUCGGGACACACAGCUGGAGCGGGACCGGGUCCUGCAGAACCUCAGCACCAUGGAGUGCUACACCGAGGAGAAAGCCAACAAGAUCAAGGCAGACUAUGAGAAGCGGCUGAAGGAGAUGAACAGGGACCUGCAGAAGCUGCAGGCAGCCCAGAAGGAGCACGCUCGCCUGCUCAAGAACCAGUCCCGCUAUGAGCGGGAGCUGCGCAAGCUGCAGGCAGAGGUGGCCGAGAUGAAGAAGGCAAAGGUGGCGCUGAUGAAGCAGAUGCGGGAGGAGCAGCAGCGGCGCCGGCUGGCCGAGACCAAGAGGAACCGGGAGAUCGCGCAGCUCAAGAAGGAGCAGCGCCGGCAGGAGUUCCAGAUCAGGGCUCUGGAAUCUCAGAAGCGACAGCAGGAAAUUGUGCUGCGGAGGAAGACCCAGGAGGUGUCGGCGCUGCGCCGCCUGGCCAAGCCCAUGUCGGACAGGGUGGCGGGCAGGACGGGCCCGAAGCCGGCCAUGCUGGACUCGGGCGCCGAGGUCUCGGCCAGCACCACCUCCUCCGAGCCCGAGAGCGGCGCCCGCUCCGUCUCCAGCAUCGUGCGCCAGUGGAACAGGAAAAUCAACAACUUUCUGGGAGACUCCUCAGCCUCCAUUAAUGGGGCUCGGCCUGUCAGGAAGAAGUUCCCCAAGAAGGGGUCGAGCCAGUCCUUCAGCAAAGCUGCCCGCCUCAAGUGGCAGUCCCUGGAGCGGCGCAUCUUCGACAUUGUCAUGCAGAGAAUGACCAUUGUCAACCUGGAGGCAGACAUGGAGAGGCUCAUCAAGAAACGUGAGGAGCUGUCGCUGCUGCAGGAGGCGUUGCUGGGCAAGCGGGCAAAGCUGCAGGCAGAGAGCCCCAAGGAGCAGAAGGGUCUGCAAGAGCUGAACGAGGAGAUUGAGGUGCUGGGGGCCAACAUUGACUAUAUCAACGACAGCAUUUCAGACUGCCAGGCCACCAUCAUGCAGAUUGAGGAGACCAAGGAGGAGCUGGACUCCACAGACACCUCGGUGGUGAUCAGCUCCUGCUCCCUGGCCGAAGCCCGGCUGCUGCUGGACAACUUCCUGAAAGCCUCCAUCGACAAGGGGCUGCAGGUGGCCCAGAAGGAGGCGCAGAUCCGGCUGCUGGAGGGGCGCCUGCGGCAGACGGACGUGGCCAACUCCUCACAGAACCACGCCCUGCUGGAUGCCCUGAGGGAGAAGGCUGAGUCACACCCCGAGCUGCAGGCACUGAUUCACAACGUCCAGCAAGAGAAUGGCUACACCAGCACAGAUGAGGAAGUUUCAGAGUUCAGCCUGGCCUCAGAUGGGAGCAUCUCCCAAUCUUUCACCAUGAAGGGCUCAGCAAGCCAGGAUGACUUCAAGUUCAAGGGAGAGCCCAAGCUUUCGGGGCAGAUGAAGGCAGUGUCAGCUGAGUGUCUGGGACCCACGCUGGACAUGUCCACCAAGAACAUCACCAAGUCCUUGGCAUCCCUCAUGGAGAUCAAGGAGGACGGGAUCGGCUUCUCCAUCCGGGACCCCUAUUACAAGGAGAAGGUGUCGCGCACCAUCAGCCUGCCCACCCGGGGCAGCACCUUUCCCAGGCAGUCCCGGGGCUCGGACACCUCACCCCUGACCCGGCGGAAAUCCUACGACCGUGGGCAGCCUGCCAGGCCUGCAGACAUUGGCUUCACACCGCCCUCCUCCCCACCCACCCGUCCGCGCAACGACCGAAACGUCUUCUCCCGUCUCACGAGCACCCAGAGCCAGGGAUCUGCCUUGGACAAGUCUGAUGACAGCGAUUCCUCUGUCUCGGAGGUGCUGAGGGGCAUCAUCAACCCGGUGGGUGGCACCAAGAAUGCCCGGACAGCCCCUCUGCAGUGUGUCUCAGUGGCAGAGGGACACACCAAGCCUGUGCUCUGCCUGGAUGCCACCGAUGAGCUGCUCUUCACGGGCUCCAAAGACCGCAGCUGCAAGAUGUGGAACCUGGUGACAGGCCAGGAAAUCGCCUCUCUCAAGGGCCACCCCAACAAUGUGGUUUCCAUCAAGUACUGCAGCCACACGGGGCUGGUGUUCACCGUGUCCACCUCGUACAUCAAGGUGUGGGACAUCCGCGACUCCGCCCGCUGCGUCCGCACCCUCACGUCGUCUGGCCAGGUGAUCUCUGGGGACGCGUGUGCCGGGACCAGCAGCCGCACAGUCACCAGCGUGCAGGGCGAGCACCAGAUCAACCAGAUCGCGCUCAACCCCGCGGGCACCGCGCUCUACGCGGCCGCCGGCAACGCCGUGCGCGUCUGGGAGCUCAGCAGGCUGCAGCCCGUGGGGAAGCUCAGCGGCCACAUCGGGCCCGUGAUGUGCCUGACAGUGAGCCAGACACCCAGCAACCACGACCUGGUGGUCACAGGCUCCAAGGAUCACUAUGUCAAGGUGUUUGAGAUCACAGAGGGCAUGGUGGGCAAUAUCAGCCCCACUCACAACUUCGAGCCCCCUCACUACGAUGGCAUCGAGUGCCUGGCCAUCCAGGGAGAUGUCCUCUUCAGUGGCUCCAGGGACAACGGCAUAAAGAAGUGGGAUCUGGAGCAGCAGGAACUUAUCCAGCAAAUCCCCAAUGCCCACAAAGACUGGGUCUGUGCCCUGGCCUUCAUCCCCGGGCGCCCCAUGGUGCUGAGCGCCUGCCGAGGAGGCGUCAUCAAGGUCUGGAACGUGGACACCUUCACCCCAGUGGGGGAGAUCAAGGGCCAUGACAGCCCCAUCAACGCCAUCUGCACCAACUCCAAGCACAUCUUCACUGCCUCCAGCGACUUGACAGUGAAGCUCUGGAGUGGGAGGAGGUUGCCUGCGGGGUCAAACUAGGAACUGCAGAAAGACUGGAAGGCGUGGGCAGGGUGAAGGGCAGGGCACCUCCCCCUGCUCUCAGGACCCAGCCACCCCCAGGAGCUCAGCCCAGCACAGGGAUUUCUUUGUGCCUGACCCAACGGGGUGGACAAUGCUGCAUCUGGUACUCUGAGCACUGUCAGCUCCUGUGAGGAAGCAGCUCUGUGGGGCACCAGCAGCUCCACCUGCCCUCCUGCUGAGGUUUCUGAUGGUUCUCCAGUGAACAGGAAAUGUUUCAUCUCUCCUCUCGCCCAUCCUGCUGAAAGGACUUUGGGGGUCCCUGACUCCUCAGAGACACCCAGCUCCCUCCUGCCAUGGCUCUGCCGUGCUGUGCUGCUCCUGGGCUGGUUCCUGCAGGAGUCUUCUCCACUCCACGAGGACAUUUGGUGUCUGCUGGCCAGGACCACCACACAGAGGAUGCUUCUCUGGAGCCAUUACUUGUGAGACACCUCUGCUGUGGGGACUGCAGAAGGAUUUCCUGGUACUGCCAGCCUUCCCUUUCCUGUGUGGACGUGUCCCCAGUGGCUGGAGGGUGCACUCUGAGCUUCUUUGCCAUGUCCCAUCUCGUGAGGCACAGCAAGGCUGGGAUGUUUCCAUUGGGCAGCUUCCAGACAGAUCUGCUGCAGUUCCUUUGACACUCUUCAAACCCCACUUGUAAACUCAACUGCCCCCUGGCUCUGGGCUCUUCCCCACAUGCCCAGCCUGCUCAGCCCUGCUCUGGAUAUUGUGACCCCAUCAGAGCUUUGUACUGGGUUCCUGCAGCCAGUUAACCCCCUUGAGAUGGAGAAAUGAAGCAAGAAUGGAGGUUACAGGGCAAAAAGGCCAAGGCUGGAUUUGGCACCCCACUGCUGUGGCUCUGUCUGUCCUUCCCUUGGGUUCUGCCCUCAGACCUCUGCCUGGACUGGAGCUUGCUCAGGCUGGGCCUGCAUGGAUGCAAGGCUGGAGAGGAGCCAGCAGGGCAGGGAGCAGCCAGGGUCACUGUGGCAGGAGCAGAGGGGGAGAGGAGGGUUGCACACUCUGACCUUGCACAAAUCCCUGACUCUCCCUGUGCUCAAAGGACAAUCCUGCCGUGAAUGAUCUUGCACAAUCUCAUCUCCUGGAGGGUCUGGGGGCUCCACCCAGGAGUGUUUCCCCAAGGACACACAGUCUGCAGGCUCUUUCCUCUGUCUCUCCUGUUCAAGAGGGGCUGGUAAGGCCCUGGUCUCACACUGGAGCUUCUCUCCAUCUCUCCUAUGGCCCACUGGACCAGCCCCUGCUCUGUCCUGCCCUGGGCUACCCAAGGUUCUUGUGGAAUGGCCAAGGAGACCCCAGGAUGGGUCUUCCUGCCUCACACACUCUCCUUUCCUCUUUGUCACAGAAGAAGCAGCACUUGAACUCAAAUUUAAGGAUUUCUCCAUGUGAUCCCACCAGCACUGAACUGGGAUCUUGGAGGCCAGGGGCUCCAGGACUUGCCCCAUCAAGCACAGACCAUUUCCCCUCUGCUCUCUCCAACCAUGCUGAUACCUUGACCUGCCCCAGCUCAUCUGCCACCAGCCCUUGUUCCAGGCAUUCUGGCUGGAGUGAGGGGAUUCCUCUGCAUCUCUGCACCAUGAAAGACAGGAGUAUCUCUAUUGAUUUGGUGGGGGAAGGGGAGGGUUGCCUUUUUUUGGGAAAAUUCCAUCCUGCUGGCUUGCCUUGUUGGAGGGUAAAUGGUACAUGUGUGUGUGUGUGUGUGUGUGUGUGAGUGACCCUGCCAGGACAGUCCCUGCUCCCUGGGAAUGUGGCUGAGCCCUGCACAGCCAGGACUGGUGGCUGUGCUGGGGAGAGGCUCCCAUCCAUCCUGUGGGACCUGUGGAACUGAGGGUGCAGCCAAAAGUGCACAGAGACCUCAGCACCCAGUGGCACACAGCCAUGGGGGUCUGCAGGAGCUGUCUCCCCCCCAGGCCUGUCUUGGAGAGGUUUCUGCACUCAUUCCUCAGCUGGUUUGUGCUUUGCUUGGCUGGAGGGGCUCUGUGUGUGUGUGGGGAGGUGUCUCUGGGAAGUGUUUGCUGUAGCCUGGUGUUGGUUCUGUCUGCUCUGAGAUCUCCAGUGCCUGCCCUGAGCCUUCCCUGCUGCCAUGGCUGAAGGGGGCACCCAGGGUCAGCCCUGCCUUGCCUUUGCCCCCAGCACCUCCCUGUGUGCAGGCUGAAAGGGCCUGUUCAGUACUCCAGGGCUGAGUGGCCAGUCCUGGAUGAUGCUGAGCCUCUCUUGCUGCUGUGUCCAGGCUCUCACAGCCCACAGAGGGAGGGUGCUGGUGCUGGGGCAUUGCUGUCCUGAGGCAGGGGGUUUGAAGGGAGGAGAGUCCUGAUUUAGGAAUAGCAUUCUCCCCUUUAGUGCUCCCACUAAAACCCCCAUCCCAUCCCCAGCAGGGAGAGAGGGGAAUUGGAGGCACAAAAGAUGAAGAGCACAGGUUGAGAUAAGAGUAAUUUACUGGCAACAGCAGUGAGAUAAAAAAAACAAUCAGGAAAACAGCAGCAAUGUUAAUAACAGAAGUAUAGAAAAGAGAGAAUGAUUCACAUGCAGAGUGCUCACCCUGACCUGACCACAGCCAUGUUCUACUGACCAGAGAAGACCUCUCCUCUGAGGAGAAUGCCUGGAUCCUGCCCCUGUGUGUGUCCAUGGCACCAGUACAUUGUGACCAAGCCUUACAGUGCUGGGAUCUGCUGGGCCAGCCUUGGAUCCACCCAGCCCAGCAGAGCCCAGUGCUGCUCUCCCCCCCUGGCUGCAGCCAGGGCCCCUCUGGGUGCUCACUGCUCACUCCUGCAGCUGGGAAGGUGCAUCCAGGGGCAUCAGAACUGACAUUAGCCCUUUGAUUCUGCCUGAAGCUGGGCUGGCAUUUACCCCUGAAGAAGUUCCUGCAGUUGUUGUUUUUCCUCUCAGCUCACACACCCGUGCUUCUGGCACAGAGGGGUUUUCCUUCCCACUUCCUCCUGUCCUCUCUGUGCUCAUGCAGGUAAAACCAUGGGUUGCCUUGUGGUGUGUCCCCUCUCUCUAGAGGGGGCCAGUUGCUCCCAGCAGCAGAGGCUCUGGUCUGUACUGGUGUGACAUGGGACAUUUCCUCAGUCCACAGCCCUGGACUGGAGGAUAAGUCCAGUCCUAAACUGGACCUGGGCUGGUCCAGUUUAGACAGUUUUUUUUAACACAGCUGAGAUACAGGUUGGUAGGAAGAAAAAACAAUGAUGAUCAUCAUCAGAGUUGGGGAGUCACCUUUACCACUCUCCUUCUGUUCAGAUCUCUGAAUAACCUCCCCAGAAAUCUCUUUCUUGACUCCAAAGAUUAUGUGGACUGCACUAAGGACACCUGGCAAAAAUAUGAUUUACUUAAAAUCCCAAGGGAAUUCAGAGCUUCAGAAGCUGUUUUAACAGACCUCAAGGGAGAAAAGUGGGUGAAAGUCUGGGGAAAAUCAUCCUCCCCUGUUCCCCCAUGGGUUGGUCAUGAUUGUUAUUAAUGGAGUCCCAAAUGAAGUGCUCCAGGUAGGGGUGGAAGAGCAACACUCAAAACAUCCCAAAUGACCCUCACUGCCCUUGAUGUUGUCAUGUCAUAAACUAACAGAGCAAUCCUGAUCCCCCUCCCUGCUCUGAGACAGAGGCUGUGAUGGGAGCAGACAGAAAUAUGUGCAGGGUUAGGUACCCCCAUGGGCAAAGCAGGCAAUGCUGUCACCAGUGCCUCAGUACUUCAUACAGAAAAUGCUGAGAUCUAAUUUGCUUCCAACCCACUCUGGGCAGAUCUGUUGUUAUUUCAACUGUUCAAGCCCUACUUUGGAUGCCAAAAAAACCCCCCAAAAAAAACCAAACAAACAAAAAAAAGCUGUUGUGGUUUAGGACUGGUAUUCCCCAAUUUAGUGUUCCCACUACUACAACUGUGUGCUUCCACAACCCCCACCUCCUUCCCUCCCUGUGGUGGGAUGAGGAGGAGAACUGGAGGCACAAAAGGUAAAAAAAUCACAGGCAGAGAUAGGAACAAUUGACUGGAAACAGCAAUGAGAUAAGAAAAAUGAACAGCAACAAUAUUAGUAACAAAAGUGCAACAAUAUUAAUAACAAAAGUGUGCAAAAGAGAGCAAAUCACGUGCAAAUGCUCUCCACAGUGUUACCCUGAUUGGAAGAGAUCCCUUCCCCCUGCCCAGCAAUGAUGUGAGGUGGCCUAAAAGAACCUCUGGGCUCUGGCCAUGUCCCCUCCUGGCUACUGCAAAAUUUAACUCUGUCCUGGCUGGAACCAGGCCAGGGGUGACUGUGAUCCCAUAGCUCUGUGUGUGUGUGUGUAUGUGUGUGUGUAGCUCUUAGUUCCUGUGUGGGUUGAUGUUUCUCAUGCAGAAGAGCAUUUCUUGCUGUUGAUCUGGUUUAGCUACCUCACGGUGCAAGCUGGGUGCUGUUCUCAUUGGGUUUCCUAGUGGGGAUGGGGUGGGGACUUUGUGGUGUAAGAAUUUUUAUUUUUUUUCUCUUAAUAAUUAUUGUUAUUGUUAUGGUUUUGACACUUGAAUUCAUCCUGGGGACAUGUGGCCUCUCUCCCACCUUGCUGCAUGUCUGAGCCACCCACUGUGUUCCCUCCCUGCUCCUCCUGGGCAGGGAGCAGGGCUGGGGUCCCUGCCCCAGCUCCCACCUUUGCAGUGGGAUCCCCCAGAGCCAUUGCAACACUGAGACUUUGCUCCCAUUCCUCGUGGGAUUCUGAGGAUCUGUGGUGUUUUAUUGGUGAUUGGGUUGGUUGGCAGCCUGGGUGUGGCUCCCAUCUGGUCCCAUGAAAAGGGGGCUCAGAAAGGCUCAGCUCAGCCCAAAUUUCUCCCUCUGCUCUCCCAGAUCCUGUCUGUGGAUGUGAUGAAGCUCUGGGCUGGGAGAUGUCUGUGCAGAGCAGACCAGAGGUGGUUCCAGCCAUGUCUGCCCAGAGCCUGCUGCUCUGAAAGGCUCAGCUCAGCCCAGAUAUUUCCCAGAUUUCUCCCAGAUCCUGUGUGUGGCUGUGAGGGAGCUCUGGGCUGGGAGGUGUCUGUGCAGAGCACAUUGCUGGGUGGGCUGGUUCCAGCUCCCUGCAGAGCAGCAGGGCCUGGGGGCUGGGAAAGCCUCUGCCCAGGCUGGGCAUGGUCUGUGAGAACCUGAUUCUGCUGUGGGAUGGAUUUUUCCCUCCCAAAAACACAGUUGUAUCUAGAUAGAGUGCCAGGCACUGAACAUAAGCAAGGGGAGCCCUGGAGCCCCCAGCUCAGGCUGGCAGCUGCCCUGGCACAGGGGUCAGGGGGCUCUGAGCCACUUUGGGGUGCAGGUCCUCCCAAACACUAAAGCACAAGGUGCCACAUGCAGGUGGCUCUAGGAGGGGUGGCCCUUUGGUCCCUGGCCCUCCAGAGCUCCAGUGGGACCAUGGACUGAGGCUGGAGGAGGAGGAGGACUGGGCUGAAGGCUCUUUGCCUGGGGGUGAGCUGUUCCAUCCCAUGCACUGUGCUGGCUGCACACCUGAAGUCCCCUCUGGUGGUCUCAGAGCCCCUCUGAGCCCCUCCAGGGCAGGGACACUUUGGAGCUGCCUUUGUACCACACACCUCACUUUCCUCUGCCCCUGGGCACCUCGAUUUGUGACAAGGGUGUGCUCACACCUGCACUCCUGCCUCAAGUUGCUGGGUUAUGCUUCUUUCCCCAGGGCCCAGCUCUGGCUCUGGGGGUCCCCUCACCCCCAGCACACAGCUCCAGCCUCUGUGGAGGGAGCAGGGCUGGACCAGAGUCAGGAGCCUAAAAGCACUGGACCCCCAAACCACUGUGAGCCCUCCUGAGCAGUGUCCCCUCCCUGUCACCUACAGCUCUGAUGACACAGGCUGGGCUGGGAGCUCUGGGGUCCCAUCCUGUCCCCCCAGGUCCCCUCCCCACCACCUCUGAGCACAACUGCCUUGGGGUCUCACUUGCUGCCUCCUGCCUUGGUGCUGCAAACCCAGUGCCUGCUUCCCAUGGUGCUGUCCCAGUGCUUCUCCCCCUCACCAGUCCCACACCAGUCCUCCCAGUGCCCCACACUGGAGAAAGUCCAGGUACGAUCCCUGCCAAGCACAGGGCUCCAGUUUGCUUUCCACAGGCUCCCUGGAGCUUCACUGUCUCCUGCAGGCUGCUCAUCCUCCUGAGCCCCCUCACCCUUCUGGGAAGGGACGAGGACCCCCAGCCCCUGCAGGUGCUGCACAGUGCUCCAGCUGUAACUGGGACAGCCCCAGCUCCCGGAAAAGCACAGCCCUGCACCUUCCUCCUCCUCCCCAGGGCUCAUCCCUUCACCCACCACAGCCCUGCACCUUCCUCCUCCUCCCCAGGGCUCAUCCCCUCACCCACCACAGCCCUGCACCUUCCUCCUCCUCCUACCCAGGGCUCAUCCCUUCACCCACCACAGCCCUGCACCUUCCUCCUCCUGCCCAGGGCUCAUCCCUUCACCCACCACAGCCCUGCACCUUCCUCCUCCUGCCCAGGGCUCAUCCCUUCACCCACCACAGCCCUGCACCUUCCUCCUCCUCCCCAGGGCUCAUCCCUUCACCCACCACAGCCCUGCACCUUCCUCCUCCUGCCCAGGGCUCAUCCCCUCAGCCACCACAGCUCUGCCCUGGUUCCUUCCAGCUGCUCCUCCUGGCCUGGCACCCCCAGGUGCUGCCCCACACAAGGCUGGGGCAGCUGCAGCACUGUGUCCCCUGCUCCAUCACUCCUCUCUGCACAAGGAGCACAACAGCAGAUGCCUUUUCACACUUUUGGGGCUUUUCCCAGAGGCCAGCUGCCCUGGAGGCUGGUGGUGUCUCUGUGGGGGCUGUGCAGCCCAGCCCUGGCUGGGUUUGUCAGAGCAUGAGGGGUGUGUGUGUGUGUGUUUUCUACCUUGGUGUGUUCCUGUAAAUAGUGUAAGUUAUUGUGCUCUCCUGCUGUACGUUUUUCAAUGGCUGUUUGUUUCUUGCCUUUUUGUCUUUGCAAAUAAAAUGUUCUUGACAUGAA